AUGUGUAUACAGGUGGAUAAGCAGUGGUCUUGUGGCCACGUCGGCUACUUUCAGAUCCGGUGGUGUGAGAAGUUGUUCAAGGGGUGCAAAGGGACGUCAGCUGCCCACGAUAUCAUCUAUCAGCUCGAGGAAUGCAGCGACUGUAUCCGGCGCAAAGGUCUCCCCAAGCCGUUUACCUCCAAAUAA